AUGGACGAGAAAGUGAAGAAAGAGAAGGCCAUAGAGGACUGGCUUCCAAUCACAUCGUCGAGGAACGCCAAAUGGUGGUACUCCGCCUUCCACAACGUGACCGCCAUGGUCGGUGCCGGCGUCCUCAGCCUCCCCUCCGCCAUGGCUUCACUUGGGUGGGGCCCCGGCGUGACGGUGCUGGUCAUCUCAUGGGUGGUGACUCUGUACACGCUGUGGCAAAUGGUGGAAAUGCACGAGAUGGUUCCAGGGAGGCGGUUCGACAGGUACCACGAGCUGGGGCAGCACGCGUUCGGCCAGAAGCUGGGGCUUUACAUUGUGGUGCCGCAGCAGCUUGUGGUGGAGGUGGGCGUCAACAUCGUUUAUAUGGUCACUGGUGGCCAAUCCUUGAAGAAAUUCUACGACACGGUCUGCCCUUCUUGCACCAAAAUCAAACAGACUUAUUUCAUUAUCAUCUUUGCUUCUGCCCACUUUGUCCUCUCUCACCUUCCCAAUUUCAACUCCAUUUCUGCCGUCUCUCUCGCCGCUGCCGUCAUGUCCUUGAGUUACUCGACCAUAGCAUGGGCGGCGUCAGUGCACAAGGGGGUGCAAGACGACGUGCAAUACGGCUACAAAGCCCACUCAACCUCGGGCACAGUGUUCAACUUCUUCACAGCGCUGGGGGACGUAGCCUUCGCGUACGCAGGCCACAACGUGGUGCUUGAGAUACAAGCCACAAUCCCUUCCACUCCUGACAAGCCCUCCAAAGGCCCCAUGUGGAAAGGCGUGGUUGUGGCCUACAUUGUGGUCGCCCUCUGCUACUUCCCCGUCGCCCUCAUCGGCUAUUGGAUGUUCGGCAACGCUGUCAAAGACAACAUUCUUCUUUCCCUCGAGAGGCCCGCUUGGCUGAUUGCCACCGCCAACAUGUUCGUGGUGAUCCAUGUCAUUGGGAGUUACCAGAUUUACGCGAUGCCCGUGUUUGACAUGAUCGAGACCGUGUUAGUCAAGAAACUAAACUUCAAGCCCUCUUUCCUUCUUCGCUUCGUCUCCCGCAAUAUAUACGUUGGAUUGACGAUGUUCAUAGCCAUUACCUUCCCCUUCUUUGGUGGGCUGCUAGGCUUCUUUGGUGGCUUUGUUUUUGCCCCGACCACAUACUUCCUGCCUUGCAUCAUGUGGCUCGCCAUUUACAAGCCAAGGAAAUAUAGCCUCUCUUGGUGGGCUAACUGGGUGUCCAUAAUUCUUGGAGUGCUUUUGAUGAUCGUAGCACCCAUUGGUGGAUUGAGAACAAUUAUAUUGCAAGCCAAGGAUUACAAGUUUUACUCUUAAACAUGCAUGGCCAAGGCUAAUCUCAUAAUUGUAUGUGUUCCUUCAAUAAUUAUUAUAAGCUAUUUUCCUCUUAGAAUCUAUUUACAUGCCAAUGCCCAAACUUAAACAAACAAGUUGUAUGGUUAUUUGACUUACUAAUGUCUCUCUUCUACGAUA